AUGGAUGGUCUCUCGGUCGGGAUUCGACGCUCUGCGUUAGAGAAGUUGGCGGCCUUGGCCGUCAAGUCUCCCAGCAAUGACGAUAGUUCGGACCUUGCGCGCCUCGUCAAACAGACCCGACUGGCUCGCCAGCCUGAUGGAGCUCUGAAUGGAGUAUUGAAAGAACAGGCUCCGACUUCCCGAGUUCCAAUGGGGAUUCGCGAACUCGAUGUCUUACUCGCCUUAUGCAAGGCUGCCUCGUCCGUGAACGAUCCCGAACAUGCCAACCGUCUGGUCACCCAAUUGUCCCGAUACCUGCCAGAGUCCCCCACUCAACUGUUUCGCCCGUCCCCGUUCCUCCACCAGGUCAAGCCGUCACCAUGGGAGAUCCUCUCCCAUAGUCUGACCACAGCGCUCCUGUCCUUGGCCACCAAAUUCUCAUCCCUGCGCAAGUUGGCCCUUAAUGCGGUCAGUGGAUACCUGAAAAACUGCUCUGAUGCGGUCAACGCUGUCACCCCGUUUCAGUACUCCUCAUCUGAAGCGGGCGGACGAGGUGUUGUACACGAGUCUAUCGCUGUCUUGUCGAUCGCAGUAUCGUUGGUUGGAUUCCUCGAGGCGUCCGCUAAGUAUACUGUCAUCUGGACCGCAGGAGAGAAGUUGCAAAUCAUCGAUCUCUUGCGAUCAAUGCUCUCCGAGUCGUUCAUGAUUGCCGUUGAAACUGCUUCGUCGACAGUUCGCAAUGCCAGCGUCUCUGACAACUCCAUCAAGGAUUGGAGAAAGUAUACCAGGCGGUAUGCAGCCCAUGGGCGCCCAUUGGGUGCCAUGCUAGUUCAAGAGGGCUUCAUGCGCUUUGUCAAGUCAUGCGCCGCAUCUCUGAUCGGAUCUCAGAACUUGUCCGAUGACCAGCUUUUGGAUGAAUACAUGGCUGGGGUCGGAAUCGCCAAGAGCUACGAUGAAGCCGACAUUGCCCUGAUUGAACGAAUCACGGACCUGAUCAGUGAGGAGAUCAACUUGCUUGAGGAUGGAUCGGAUUAUCUGCAGGUUGGGUCUCCCUCCCAACAACGCCUGGCCUUCUCUGUGAAAGGCCACGCUCUGAUUGGUUUCUUGAACUGUGUCGUUCUCGGUGAAGAUGCUGCCAACAACGAUGUCCUUUUGUCCUGGCUUGAGACUACCGUUGGUGAUCCUCAACAGAUGGCGUGCGACGAGCUAGCCAUCACUGCGCUCAAGUGCACAGCGAUUCUCGCUAGGAUGUCAUCGAACGGAGCAACGCUUGGCCGACGCUGCCUCUUGAAGUACUUGGUUCACGGUCGUGCAUCAAAGGGCUCUGUUGUCGCCGUGGCUUCUCGAUGUCUCGCUCAAAUUCUGAGCAUUCUCUCUGAGGACUCCGUGAUUGCAACCUUGUACUCUUUGGGCAACUCACUGAGCCCCGGUCCCAUGGGUGACCAAGCGGCCCAAGAUCAUGUUCUUGUCGAUUCUACUGGGCUUACAGGGAACCUGGUAGCUUAUGCGCAUGCAGGGAAUGCAAGCCAAGCAACACUCUCGGCUCUUGGCGAGGAAGAAACCUUGACCAAUCGAAACGUCGUGCAUGCAAUUGUGAUUAUUGCGACCAGUUGCAACGAUGACAAAAUCAGCGCUCUUGCACAGUCGAUGCUUCUUCAAAAGGUCGGCAAGAUCAAUGUUUCCGUCGACGCUUUUAUCAUCCAAGAAGCGGCUGUCCUUGCUUUGAGCAGCGGGCAGGCUGAAUUCUUGCUGCUGCUGAAAUUCUAUACCCGGAUUUAUCUUGACGGAGUCCACAAGGGUCUGGACAUGAUCACCGAUGCUGUUCAGUGUGCCAUGUCGUAUCUCUCUGUGAACUUGGACCACAACUCUCCUGUUCACAGAAUUUAUCUGACCCAUCUUCUGGAGAGUGUCGUUAACAAGGGAGAUGUCCCAGACGUGGUUGAGUCCGAACGCCAUCGAGAGGUUGUUUUCGCUCAUGGCGACAUCACGCCGCUCUUGAAACCUUUGGCACUGCUUGUUUCUUCCAAGAAGGCAACCACAGAGACUUGUAAUUUGACUCUGGGCUAUGACGAGACCAUCUGCUCGUUGUUCCGGGAUGCUUGGUUCAACAUCGCCAUCCAUGGAAUUUCAGUUAAUUCGAGCAUUUACCAGAGGCAUCUUAAGGAACUGAGCCUGCUCGCGAGCAACUCCCCACCCUUGGUUGCGGAGGAGCGUAUGGAGUCCCUUGAGAGUGACGUUGAGCUAAACACCGUGCUUAGGAGGGGCAUGGGACCGCAGCGGGUUCUGGAGCAGAAGCGCUCGCUGAUUGCAGAGUUGCCGGGUCGAGAGUCCGAUAUCAAGCGCCUGGAUUACCCCAGAUCGGUUUUUCUUAAUGCUGUUCUGUUGGUUGAAACUCUCCGCUCGGCAUCUGGUGACUGCACCAAGGUUCUCAGUUACUUCCGGGAUCCAGCUGUGGCUGCUCCUGAGAUGGUUGUUUGCAUGAAUGCCGUUGCCGAGAAAGUUGUGACCUGCUACCUCUCGCGCACGCUUUCAGGAGAUUUCGAUGAGUUCUCGGCGCCGUACCUAGCGAAGCAGCUGGCCAACUUCCUAACUGCUUGCUGCCAUCGUAUCGAGAGGAUUCAACACAUAGCAACGCAGUGUACUGACAAGAUCAUUCGCGAAUGCCCCUCUGCCCUCUGCGAGAAGCAUUCGCUCUUUGCUCUGCUCGAGAUCUUGACCGUAAUGUGGUUAUCUUGCCUUCAAGGAGAGCUUGACGAGUUCGAGUGGAAGCCAACCCUGGUUUCCCCGAUGGGCAUCGUCAAAGUGGACUUGCCCGAUAAUUAUGCCCUCCGAAAGGCCACUUUGAACCGGUUCCUAGAGCGAGCUAGAACAUGGGUUACAACAGUCUUGAACAUUGCCCCCCUGGACAUCAAAGGACUGCUGCAGACAUACCUCUCCGAAUACGACGACGACGGCGGCUAUGGCCAUAUCUCGUUAGGCCGCUCCUUCGCCCUUGAGAUGGGUUCACACAUUCCCAACAGUGAUCCUCGUCUCGAAGGUUCUAUCGAUAGCCAUGAUAGUGAAGUCAAUGUUGCCUCUGACUUUAUGGCGCUCUACACUACACGUCAGAAGUACCGCCGUCCAGAUAUCUCGUUGCUUAACAGUGCCGAUGGCCAGGUCCUGGGGAUUGGCGGCCCCAAACCCGAAGUGGACUUCUCCACCGAAUCUGCCCAUAGCCUUGAAUAUUCCCUGGCUCGCCUUUAUGGACGUAGCAUGAAGGGAGACAAUAUCCCUCUCGGAGAAGUCAGGGAUGCUCUGCGGCAAGCCGCCCGCUUGAUUUGCAGUAGUAGCAAUCCUCGACUUUCUGUCGUCCAUUACCUGGUGGCUUUGCCGUUCCAGAUUUUUACCAAGGAGACGAUCAAGCUGGGAGUCUCGUUGUGGCUGGGUGUGAUCCACGAGAACCCCAGCAUUGAGCCGCGUAUCCUGGCACACGUAGUCGAGGCUUGGGACAAAAGUAUCCAGAGACGCCAAGGCUUGUUUGAUCCCACCUUUGAUUACUUGGAUCCGUUGCAGACUAAGAUCGAGUUGCUGCCCACAGACAAAGCAUCCAUGCUCAGGAAGCAACAAGAAGCGCAGAACAAGCUGUCGCCCCAUUUGCGUGUGCUUCAGUUCUUCGAGAGCCACUUCAGCGCCGUGCGCCUAGGCAAUCUCCAGGACCAACAAUUGUUCUGUCGCCUGAUCAGCAACACGGUCGUGGCACUCGCUAAGACGAUGGGUCAUCCCUUGGCUAGGGAGAUUCAUUUCCGCAUUGUUUUCUUUGGUCUGCGCAUUUUGCAACAUCUAAGCCCACGUAAUAGUGCCGCUACCUGGAAGCUGAAGGACCAGAUCUUGUCUGCUGCGCUGAGCUGGUUCAAGCAUGCACCAAGAUGGUCAUUUGGCGGUAAUCGGUUGCAGAUCAAGGCUGAAGACAAGGUUCUCAGCGACGUGCUAGGGGCUUUGCGGAGUGUUGCAGAUAUUGCCACCCAAGUCCAGGGAUCGUACAAAUCCUUGCAACUGAAGCAGGAGCUGACCCAGCUCCUCAUCGAGAACGAGAGGUCCCGUCUUCGAGUUUGGCUGUUCCCCUUGGAGCCCGAACGAAAACACCACAUACCCUCGCUUGGUGGCGGCAAGAACUCCACUGAUGCUGUUACGACCUAUCUCCGCCUUGCGUGGGCUGAGAGCCCGGGCCUAGCUAUUCAGCUCGCUACGCGAUUCCCAUCAAUCAAGAUGCAAACCGAGAUCCGGUGGUUAAUCCUCAAUUUCCCUGAGAAGGCCACUCGGGAAUCGAGCGCUUUAGAAAUAAUGUUCGACUCAUCUCUGCAGGCUGAUGUCAAUUUCCAGCUGAAGUAUCUAUUGUACUGGGCUCCUGUCAACCCGACAGAAGCGCUUACGUACUUCCUUCCGGCAUAUGGAAAUCAUCCGUUCAUUCUCCAGUAUGCUAUGCGGGCCCUGGAGAGUCAUUCCAUGGACAUUCGUUUCUACUUCGUGCCGCAGCUAGUUCAGGCUCUCCGAUAUGAUGCUCUGGGCUAUGUUGGACGCUACACUCUUGAAACAGCGAAGCAAUCCCAGCUGUUCGCCCAUCAAGUGAUUUGGAACAUGAAGGCCAACUCCUACAAGGACGAGGACUCGCAAGUGCCGGAUCCAAUCAAGCCAACCCUGGAUCGAUUCCUAGAGGCUUUGAUCUCAAGUUUCACGAUCGAAGAGCGCGCCUUUUACGAGCGAGAAUUUUCGUUCUUCAACGAGAUUACUGGCAUCUCUGGUAAGCUCCGUCCAUACAUCAAGCGGAGCAAGCCCGAAAAGAAGGAGAAGAUUGAAGAGGAGCUUCGCAAGAUCAAGGUUGAGGUUGGCGUUUAUCUGCCCAGUAACCCCGACGGUGUGGUCGUCGGAAUCGACCGCAAGUCCGGGAAGCCACUGCAAAGCCACGCGAAGGCGCCGUACAUGGCCACCUUCCGGGUCCAAAAGACUCGGCCUCGUCUGGAAGGCAAGGGUGAUUCGGCCAAGGCUCUUAAUGGGUCUGACCAGCGCCAGUUGGUUACUCGUUCAGCCGAGCCGAACCAGGAAACUUAUGAGGUCUGGCAGUCGGCCAUCUUCAAGGUCGGUGACGAUUGUCGUCAGGAUAUGCUUGCCCUGCAGAUGAUUGCGGCCUUCCGCAGCAUCUUCUCCAAUGUCGGUCUGGACGUCUGGGUAUUCCCUUACCGGGUGACGUCGACUGCUCCAGGCUGUGGUGUGAUCGACGUGCUGCCGAACUCGAUAUCCCGUGACAUGCUUGGCCGUGAAGCCGUGAAUGGGUUGUACGAUUAUUUCGUUUCCAAGUAUGGCGGCGAAGACUCGAUCCGUUUCCAGGAAGCUCGCACCAACUUCGUCAAGAGUAUGGCCGCAUACUCCGUGAUCUCGUACCUGCUCCAAUUCAAGGACCGACACAACGGCAACAUCAUGGUGGAUGACGCGGGCCACAUCAUCCACAUUGAUUUCGGCUUCUGCUUCGAUAUCGCUCCUGGCGGUGUGCGCUUCGAGCGUGCACCGUUCAAGUUGACCUCCGAGAUGGUGGCAGUAAUGAGCGGCACACACAACCCAGCGCACCACCCCAGUGGGACCUCGGGUAUCAGCCUGCCAGGCAGCAACUCGCAUAACCCUACGACUACCCAACCGUACCGGUGGUUCGAGUCACUCGUGAUCAAGGCGUUCCUGGCAUCGCGGCCAUACUGCACCAAGCUGGCGCACAUCGUGUCGCUAAUGCUGGACAGCGGACUUCCAUGCUUCAAGCCUGAGACACUGAAGAACUUCCGGGACCGCUUUGUAUUGGAAAAGAGCGAGCGCGACGCUGCGGAGUAUAUGCGCGAAUUGGUGCGCAAGUCUUACAUGAGCGUGUCAACCAAAGGAUACGAUCAGUUCCAGCUGAUGACAAACGGUAUUCCGUACUAA